AUGUAUUCCCGCACCACUGCAAUUGGAAUCAUCGCUUGUAUCGCCCUUGGGGUUACAGCUAAACCCAUUCAACCUUCGUAUCCACCGCCUGUUGAGGUGAUCAGACCUGAGAAUAAGACCAUGGAACAGUUCAAGCAAGAAUUUUUGGAACUCUGUCCUCAUUUCUAUGGAGAGAGCGAAGUCACCGAUAGACCCAUAUUCGUUUUCGAACAUUUCCAGGAGAGCUUUGAUGAUGAUGCCUUUGCUGGCAGAAAAGCCGACGUUAGCUGUAUCUACCAAUACCCUAAUGCGGAGUACCAGAAUAUCGGUGUCGAUGUCGCUAUGGCUCUUGGGGGAGAUGGUAUCAUCACCAUUGAUCCAAUCGAAGGCGGUGAUCCUCAAUAG